AUGACCAACGAACCCUCCCCGAACCUCGACGCGCCCCGAAUCCUCUGCCUCCACGGCGGCGGCGUCACCGCCGAAGUCUUCCGCCUCCAAGCCCGCGCCCUCAUCAAGCACCUCCCGGCCUUCCGCCUCGUCUUCGCCGACGGCCCUCACCUCUGCAACCCGGGCCCGGGAAUCCUGCCCGUCUACCAGGACCACGGCCCCUUCCGGCGCUGGCUGCGCUGGCUCCCCGAGCACCCCGAAAUCGACGACGAGAGCGCCAUGGAAGAGAUCCUCUACAACAUCCACCGCGCGCAAGACGAAGACGAAGGCACCGGCGCGUGGGUGGGCCUGCUGGGCUUCUCGCAGGGCGCGAAGCUGAGCGCCAGUCUCUUAUACGACCAACAGAUCCGCCUCGAACGCGAAGGGAACGCCGCCACCGAUUACAAAUUCGCCGUCCUGCUGGCAGGGCGCAGUCCCCUGGUGUCCUUUUGUGAAUUUUCCCGAUCCCCCGCUCUCUGUCAACCGGGCGCCAUGAGUGAGGGUUUUAGAUUCGAGGGCACGAGUCCGCACAUUUUGAGCUUGCCGACGUUGCAUGUGCACGGCUUGAAUGAUCCGGGCUUACAUUUGCAUCGGAAAUUGCUGCGGCAGUAUUGUGAUGCGAAGACGAGUCGCGUGUUGGAGUGGGAUGGGAAUCAUCGGGUGCCGAUUAAGAAGACGGAUGUGGAGCCGAUUUGCGCGGAGAUCUAUCGGAUGGCGAGGGAGGGUGGUGUGGAUGUGUGA